GCUCACUGAUAGUGUCCCCAAUAUCCCGCCAUCCGCUGAUGGUAAGAUGGACGGGGCCGAACUCGCGGAUAUCGUCGCCAAGCACGGCCAUUCUUCCGCCACCGCCUGGCUCGAGACCGACCACUACCGCAUCUGGCGUCCCUCAGCCUCAGAGCCGAUCAAGCAAUCGUCUUUCCCUCCCGUUCAAGGCUACCUCGAGGCCAAUAAUUAUGUCUUCGCCUGGGGCAACCCAAUCGUCUCUGACGUCGCCGCGCUCAAGCCUACGCUCGAGGCGUUCAUCGCGUGGGUCACGUCCAGGAAUUCCAAGCCUGUUUUCUCCUGCGUCAACAGCGAGGUUGAGAGUAUACUCGCGAGCAUGGGCUGGGCGACUGUCUCAUGCAUCAACGAGGACGUCGUUGACCCCGAACACGUCUACGAGCUCACCCACGAGGAGGCUGUGACGUCCGAUGACGGCAACGCGGGUAUGGUCAAGGAUAUGAAGAAGAACCUGCGUCGUGCCGACAAGGCUGAUCUCAAAGUGGAGGAGAUAACAGGAGACGCUUGGACAGACGAUGUCAAGAAAGAGAUUGACGACGGCGUUGCUGCGUGGAAAAAGAGCCGUUCGGGUAUCCAGCUUGCCGCCACCGAUUUUCUGCCAUGGCUGGACUUCGAGCACCGCCGCUAUUGGCUCGCCCGUCACGAGGGCAAGGCUGUCGGUAUCAUCAUCAUCUCCCCCGUCCGAGAUCAGUACGUCAUCAAGAACGCCGUCCACUUCCCCAAGGCGCCCAAGGGCACCUCGGAGCAGCUUAUCCACCAGGCCCUCACCGACCUCCGUAACGAGCGCUCCGAUGGAGAGGACCACCCCAGCGUCGGCGACAUCUCCGUCACGUUCUCCAUCUCCGCCGCGGGCGAUCUCAAGCCAACGAAGAACAUCUCCGGCUGGAGGUUCACGUGGCUGAACAAGACGUACAGCAACGUCUCGAGCAGCGCCGGUCUCUUGAACCGCGGUGACUUCAGGAGCAAGUUCGACUCAAAGCGUGAACCAAUGUUCGUGUGUUACUCGAGCGAGGAUGGUUUCGGUCUCGACGGCAUCGAGACGCUCGUCAAGCUCCUUCGCCGAUAGUGGUUUGAGUAUACCUCCACAUCAGCGCGCACGUGCUAGACGAAUAUAUCCCCGCACUAUUCAAUUCCUCCCGGGCGACUCGUCCACUACACACGUCUACACGAACGCCCAUACACGAAAGCACCACAUAGACCACCGGUUUCCUUUCCCUCGCGUACCUCAUAACUCUUUCCCCUACCCCG